AUGUGGGCUGCGCUCGAGGACAAGUUUGGGGCCUCGGACGCCGACAACGAGUUGUACGCCAUGGAGCAAUUCUAUGACUACAAGACGACUGAUGAGCGCUUUGUUGUCCAGCAAGCUCAUGAGAUACAGUCACUCGCAAAGGAACUCGAGUACUUCAAGUAUGAGAGCAUCCCUCUCCUCUGCUGCUGCCAAGGCGCUACUGCUCGUGCUAGCCUUCAUCAACCUCGCGAUCCAGAGAGACUGCUGCUGCUCAGGCGCCCCAAGAGCAAGAUCGCGAGCAGUGCUGGUGGUCGUAGCUCCAUUACUAAUGCUACGUCGGCGGCAGCUCUCCCGCCGGGGCCAGUGCCCUGGCCGGUAGUGGGGAACCUCCCCGAGAUGCUGUUCAACAAGCCGGUGUUCCGGUGGAUCCACCAGAUGAUGGAGAAGAUGGGCACCGACAUCGCCUGCGUCCGCCUUGGCGGUGUCCACGUCAUCGCCGUCACCUGCCCCAGCAUCGCCCGCGAGGUGCUCAGGAAGCAGGACGCCAACUUCGCCUCCCGCCCGCUCACCUUCGCCUCCUCCGCCUUCAGCGGCGGGUACAAGAACGCCGUGCUCUCGCCAUUCGGCGACCAGUGGAAGAAGAUGCGCCGCGUGCUCACCUCGGAGAUCGUCUGCCCGUCCCGGCACCGGUGGCUCCACGACCGCCGCGCUGGUGAGGCCGACAACCUCACCCGCUACGUCUAUGCCCUCACCAUGGGAUCCGCGUCCGCGUCGGGCGUGGACGUGAGGCACGUGGCGAGGCACUACUGCGGCAACGUCAUCCGCUCGCUAGUCUUCGGCCGGCGGUACUUCGGCGAGCCUCAGCCGAACGGCGGCCCGGGCCCGAUGGAGGUGGAGCACAUGGACGCGGUGUUCAGGUCCAUGGGGCUCCUCUUUGCGUUCUGCAUUUCCGACUACCUUCCCUGGCUGCGCGGCCUGGACCUCGACGGCCAGGAGAAGAUGGUCAAGGAGGCAAACGCGACGGUGAACCGGCUCCACGACACGGUCAUCGACGAGCGGUGGAGGCAGUGGAAGUCCGGCGAGAGGAGGGAGCUCGACGACUUCCUCGACGUGCUGAUCACGCUGGAGGACGCUGAGGGGAAGCCGCUGCUCGCCAUCGAGGAGGUCAAAGCGCAAUCGCAGGACAUAACAUUUGCCGCCGUUGACAACCCGUCGAAUGCGGUGGAGUGGGCGUUGGCGGAGAUGGCGAACGCGCCAGAGGUGAUGGCGAAGGCGAUGGAGGAGAUGGACCGGGUGGUGGGCCGGGAGCGGCUCGUGCAGGAAUCAGACAUUCCGCAUCUCAACUAUGCCAAGGCGUGCAUUCGUGAGGCAUUUCGGCUGCACCCGGUCGCCCCCUUCAAUGUGCCACAUGUUGCCCUAGCCGACACCACAGUCGCCGGUUACCACGUGCCCAAGGGCAGCCAUGUCAUCCUCAGCCGAUCUGGGCUUGGCCGAAACCCAACCAUCUGGGACGAGCCGCUCUGCUUCAAGCCAGAGCGCCACAUUAAUAUGGAUGAUGGCGGCAACGUGGUGCUCACGGAGAACGAGUUGCGGUUCAUCUCCUUCAGCACUGGCCGCCGCGGAUGCAUCGCAUCGUCGCUUGGGACAGCCACGUGUGUGAUGCUCUUUGGACGGCUACUACAGGGAUUCACUUGGAGCAAACCGCCAGGGUUGUCGGCCAUUGAUCUCAGCGAAUCAGAGCACGACUUAUUCAUGGCCAAGCCGUUGGUGCUACAUGCCGAGCUACGCCUGCCGAUGCAUCUCUACUCUGCCACCGACAUCUAA